UUCCCUUACAUCCCAUAUAGUCAGCCGGCAGCGCUUUCCAUCGACGGCAGCAUCAAUGGUAUCCAUCUCUCGAGUAGUGACUGACGAGGGAGUUGCCAUUAGAUUCUCGAGUGUUGACGGUGUCGGACGUGCAAAAGCUACUAAGAGCGCAUCCGCUUCGGAUUCUGUGCCAAACUCAGUUCGGUUACGGUUUGUGUGGUGCAAGUGUAACAACCAUUUAUUAUAGUACUUAUCGCUACCUAUCACCCUAGUGAUGAUUACCAUCAGCAUCUUCGCCGUCGUUGCCAUCGAUAGCAGUUACUUCUAGUAUCGGGCAAUUGUUUCGUGCCGUUGAAAAACAAAGGACAUCUCGUUUAAUCGGUGCAGUUUAGUGCAUAAUCAUCACAAUAUUCACAAUAGCGAGAGAGAGGAAGCAAACCGUCUGCCCUUCCAAGGAAGUUGGCUCAGGCCGACAGGAGUUUACCUUACGUCGUCGAAUCAAAUACAAAGGAAAUUCUUGGAGCGUGUAGCACAAAACAUCUGCAAAAAAGAGCUGCACUGUAAGAUCGGACUUAACCGCAAGUGAAUAAGUGGUAGAGGAGAGAGUGUUAUGAUUGUGUAAUAUAAAAUCCUGCGGUUACGUUUCGAGAAGAAAUAAAAAACACUGGAAAAUGUGUGUGUCGUGUUCGGUUACGUCGUUCCAUACAUUCAGUGAUUGAGUUUCAGCCGGCAUCGGUGAAAAGAACUAUAACCAACUAAUGCAUCGUUAAGCAGCAAGUCAAACAGAUAAAUUCAAAUAAACUACGUGCUAUAGCUAAGCGUAUUUGCCACGAUUGAAAGAUGAUCCACGCUAUUGUUUGAUGUUCGUGGUGAAGGACAAACUAGUUAAGUACGCGUAAAGCGCUGCCGAGAGACGACCAAAACAUUCAGAGUUGUUCUAUUGCAGCAGUCCAAUCAGUAAGGAGAGCUACGCACUCAGCCAAUAAAGAGUAAUACAUUCAACUAUCCUUCCAAAGUAAUGAUUCGACAUGAUCUCAACAACCAGUCCAUCCACCGAUGUAUCGCAGUUACAUUUAAAUACAACGCUCGACUCAUGUGCACUUAAAUAUGACGAAUUCGUAAUACCAACCACAGUUCCUUACUGCAACUGGACAUGGGACGACGUCCUUUGUUGGCCUCCUACCCCCGCGGGAAAGGCAAUUCGGCAACCGUGUCCCUCUGGGCAUGGUAUAGAUACCAGCAAAUUUGCCGAAAGAAGAUGUAGCGCUGAAGGCCGGUGGGAGGGCAGACCAGGAACUACACCAACUCCACUUGGAUGGACCAACUACACACCAUGCUAUAGCCCCGAGGUCAUUCAAUUAUUUAGGAAACUUUAUUCCGGCACCGGUGGCAAUGACGAAGCUGAUAUCAAAAUAGAUAUUGCCGAACGAACGCGAACACUGGAAAUUGUGGGGUUUAGUCUUUCAUUGAUAGCACUUAUUAUAUCGUUGGUGAUAUUCUGUAGAUUUAGAAGUCUACGCAACAACAGAACGCGCAUUCACAAAAACCUCUUCGUGGCCAUGGUAAUACAGGUGAUAAUUAGAUUAACGUUGUACAUCGACCAAGCAAUUAUCCGAAGCGGAAGCAAAGGAUACGGCAACGAAAGCUCCCGUCAUGGCAUAGACAACACGCCUUACCUUUGCGAGGCCUCAUAUAUAUUGUUGGAGUACGCCAGGACCUGCAUGUUCAUGUGGAUGUUCAUAGAAGGAUUAUAUUUACACAACGUGGUCACCGUGACAGUGUUCCAGGGCCGCUUUCCACACACACUGUACGCGAUGGUCGGAUGGGGAGGUCCUGUGGCACUGACCGCCAUUUGGGCUGUUACCACUGCACAAUACGUAGGCCAGCAGAAAUGCUGGUGGGGAUACAACCUAACGCCUUAUUACUGGAUUCUAGAAGGUCCAAGAUUAGCUGUAGUUCUGUUAAACUUCAUAUUUUUACUGAAUAUUAUAAGAGUGUUAAUCGUUAAGCUGCGUCAGAGUCACACAAGCGAUGUGGAGCAAGUGCGAAAAGCGGUGCGUGCGGCUGUUGUUCUAGUGCCAUUAUUAGGGAUAACAAAUUUACUCAACAUGACUGAGGCACCGUUGGAUAGAACAGCGCUGGAGUUUGCCCUUUGGUCGUACGUGACGCACUUCCUAACAUCGUUCCAGGGAUUUUUUAUUGCUCUGCUGUAUUGCUUCCUAAAUGGAGAGGUCCGAAUAGCGUUAAUGAAAAGUCUCAGCGUAUAUCUCUCAAUUAGGGGACACCAUGAUUGGCCCGUCCGAAGGCCUUCAAUGUUUUCUGCUGCAUACGGCACAGCACCAGAAACCGAAGGACCCAAUGCAGUCGAUUUGAAACGAAACAACAACACCAGAACCAACAGUAAAAAUUGGAUAACCUUCUGCUUUAGAGUACAAAAAGAUCCUAGUCAACCGGCACCUGAGCCUGCACCACCCGAGUCAGUCAUAUUUGAUAUUUCAGAUUAAUUUAAGUUACACUAUUCGGUUUGAACCAAAUUGGAAGAAUCACAAUUUCAAAGAGCUCAUACUGGAACAAGCUUCUGAAAAUUCUAUACCAACAUAAGAAAAAUAACGGGACUCGAUGAAAUAUGUGAUCUUUUUUUUUGAAAAUUUAACUUAACUAGUAAUUAGUAUUCUAAUUAUUUUGGCAUUCAUUCAAUGAGAGCCAAUGCAUAUUGGUUUGCUUUAAUUUAUUACUAAUACCUUUAUUUUGUUUGGGUUCAAACUUCUAGUUUUCUGAGUGAUUUUUUUAUUUAUUUUGCUGUAUCAAAUUAAACUAAUGAUUGUUUUGUUCCAGGACAAGUGUGUGAUGUCUGCUUUGGUUAUGGCCCAUACUAACUCAUAGCUUUACCGAACCAAACAAAAUUCUAACUCAGUCAAACCACAUCAUCGAGCUUUCGUAGAGCAGUAAUUACAAGAACCGUGAUGCAAAACAGAGAAUUUAUACUUGUUAGAUUGUAAGAGAGGUGUUAUUUUUGUAAGGCCAAAUAACUAAAAACGAACGCGUAGCUUUUUUAGCAACUCAAUGUGAUUGCAGACUAAAUAAAUAGGAGAAUCGAAACAUAACGGACAGUUAAUAAAGUAUAUUUUACAUACGCCAAAUGUCAGCAAGUAAAUUCAAUUAUCCCGAACCAUGAUGAGAUUUGCUUAUGGCGAUAACUUUAUAGCGCUUUAUUGUCGACUUUGAUGUACAUACUUUUACAGAAUCUAAGCAUCGCAAACGUGGGACACAUAUUUUAAAAUGUAAAAAUAUCCUGGAAUUGGAAUUGCAGUGAUGUAUCGUUCUAACGCGGACAAAUUCAGCUUAGCCUAAUGACAGAUCAAUUCAACGAUUCAUCACUGAUCCAUUACAAGAGGUUUACAUUCAAUUUUAA